UUCCCAUGGAGGGAGGGUGCAGCUGCUUUGUGUUGGUUUGGGGUGUCUUGUGCACUUCCUGGAUUUGAGAGUCGCCUCCGCACGCACAGUCCCGUCACUGCCAGCCGCGCUCCGGGACCCUUUUCGCCGCCACACGCCGUUUAUUUCACCGAAUUUCCACGAAAACGCGUGCGUUUUAGCGACUGUCUGAAUGAGAGGCGCGUGCUUCUGAUUUCAUUAUCCGUUCCGCGCUUGGGUCUGUUUAGGACGGCGUCUCAUUCUAACAGGUGGUAAGCGAUUUCAGGUGGAGCUCAGAGCAGGAGGAGGAGGAGGAGGAGGAGGAGUAGGGGGGGUGUAUGGCUACUCGCUUUAUUGCACCGAUGAACGGUUUUGCCGAACGGAGCUCAAACAAAAGACUUUGACAGCUAUUUUUAUUGCUGAAUUAUCUCAGGGCAUCCGUGCAUUCAGAAGAUCUGAGCAGCUCUGAGGAAUUAGCUGGAGAAUCUGUGCUACAGAAUACAGGUGGGGGACAGUGAGACAUAAAGCCUGUGCGUUUUUUUUUAUUAUUAUUAUUUCUUGUUUUUUUUGGGGGGGGGGUUGGACUCAUAGAAAAACAUCCCCUCCCUUUCUGUUUCUUUGAGAGAAACCACCUCUGAUAUUUGUUCCGUUUUUCCUCUGGGACAAGGGGAGAAUCGGCUCAGCAAACAGGUGCGAGGACGGACGCACGGACGCGCGCACGCACACACACACACACACUCUCUCUCUUUCCCGGCUCAUUGUUUAAACGGGAUACACCUAUCUGCUGAAGGUCCGAGUGCACCAGCUCAAUAUUUCUCACUCACAAGGGGAGAAACUAGGGACCGUGACGCAUUUUGAAAUAGCGCAUUUUAAGAAGUCUUACUCUUAGGAUUCGGAGCAGCAAGAGGAGGGUUUAGGACAGACAGAGAGAGAGAGAGAGAGAGAGAGAGAGAGAGAGAGAGAGAGAGAGAGAGAGAGAGAUGUCAGGUAGGAAGCACAACGCGGAUUGCUCGAAAAGAAGCCCGGUAUCAUCCGAAACGGAAAUGUUCGGUGAAUUUCAGGAUUGGUGUCUCCGCACUUACGGAGAUUCAGCCAAGACAAAGACUGUGACCCGGCGCAAAUACGACAAGAUCCUUCACGCGCUCUCUCUGGGCGAGGACUCGGACGCCUACACCGAUGGCAGCCACAUCAACGCCAAAUUUAAGUUCUGGGUUAAAUCGAAAGGCUUCCAAGUGGAAAAGGGCGACAACCAGAGAGACAGGAAUGGAAAAUCCGAAAGACCAGUGCUUUACGUCCCUAUAAAGGCAACGUGUGGAGACACUGCUCCUGGACAGGAGAUCUCGUCUCUGAAAAGAGUCGCGGUGGUGGAGGAUUUCUACGAUAUCAUCUACGCCAUGCAUGUGGAUAUCAGCUCUGACCCAGCCAAAGUGCCCAAACAUGCCGGCCAGAAGAAAACGUAUAAAGCGAUAGCAGAGACGUAUGCAUUUCUGCCUAGAGAAGCAGUGACCCGAUUCCUGAUGGGCUGUGGGGAGUGUCAGAAGAGGAUGCACAUCAGCCCGAGUGGAGCCGAGUGCAAGGAAAAUGACCGGCCUGCAUCUCUGGCCCCUGACCUCAUCGACUACAACAUGCCUUUGACCACCACCUACCUGAAACAGAUGAAACUGCAGUGCAUUAACAACAACGAACAGGAUGAGAGUUCAGUGAGCAGUGAGGAGUUUGAUAUGAGCGACCCCACAUGGAUUUCAACUGAGCACCACAGCGCACACUCAGACCUGAACCCAGCCACGAACAUAGAGAGAAUGCUCAGCCCCCAAAACACACACAAAGAAGACGAUGAUGACUCGUCCUCAGAAAGUGGGUGUGGCAACGGCAUCCACAGCAUGACUCCUCCGUCUAUGGGCGUGGUUUCUGCGAGUGACGUUGCAGCGGCUGGACCAGUGACCGGGUCGUACAGUCAGGUGAACGGAAAUAGGACAGCCGUGCCACUGGACUUCAGCACCACUUCAUCAUCGUCGUCGGAAGAGCAGCAACCUGUGAACCUGAGAGAGCGAAUGAGUCGGGCCCUGCCCACUGCUGCAGCCAUGCUAGCCACAUUCAACCCAGAGCACUCAGAGGAGUUCCGCCGAAAAUAUCACAAACCACCGCUGGCCUCAGAGCUGCGCCUUGACCGAGACAUCAGGGAUUAUGCCAACAAGUCUCCGCAAUAUGGUUCAGGAAGCUACGACUCCAUAAAAAUGGAGAUGUGUGCCGAGGACCUGACGGUCAGUCGCUCUCAGGGUGCCGAUGACGACGAUGACGAUCACGAUGACCACGACGACAGUGAUAAGAUUAAUGACACAGAGGGAGUGGACCCAGAGAGGCUGAAGGCAUUCAAUAUGUUUGUGCGUCUGUUUGUUGAUGAGAACCUGGACCGCAUGGUGCCCAUCUCCAAGCAGCCAAAAGAGAAGAUACAGGCCAUUAUCGAAUCCUGCAGCCGCCAGUUCCCAGAGUUCCAGGAGCGUGCACGCAAGCGUAUCCGCACCUACCUCAAAUCCUGCCGUCGCAUGAAGAAGAACGGCAUGGAGACCCGGCCCACGCCGCCACACUUGACCUCAGCAAUGGCAGAGAACAUUUUAGCUGCUGCCUGUGAGAGCGAAACAAGAAACGCUGCCAAGAGGAUGAGGAUGGACGUCUACCAAACACACGAGGAUCAAAUAGCUCUGGAGAAGGCCGUCUCUCGUGAGCCGGUGCCUCUGACCCACUCUGCGUAUACUCUGGCAGCUUCUGCUUACUCCCAGGACCAGCUUUAUAUCAACGGAGGCCUUGGUUACAGCUACCGUGCUUUCACUGGCCUGGCGAGCAGCAUGCAGCACCCGGUCUCUCUCACUACCCCUGCUGCCCAGACCAACGGACCCACCGACUUGAGUAUGAAGUCUCUGGCUUCAAACUCCUCUACGUCAAGCACCAAUAGUCUUGGGCGAAGCGGAGGAGGAGGAGGGACCUCUGCUCAGCUCAGUCAUACAGAAGUGACAGCAGUGCGUCAGCUGAUCGCCGGCUACCGCGAAUCAGCGGCCUUCUUACUCCGCUCGGCCGACGAGCUGGAGAACCUCAUACUACAACAGAACUGACCUGUACACUCUCCCGCUCUUCUCAUCUCCACUCUCUAUCUCUCUCAGCCUGCCUUUAUCUUUAACUCUCGCUCCAUCACCUCAGGUCUCUAUUUGUUAGUAUCGCUCUCUUCACGUCAUCGUCUUCAUCCUCACAGGCGCACACAGGUGAAGCUAUCAGGAGAGAUGACGAAGCAUCGAUCAGUACGCCGUCACAUUCAGAUCGCCGGCAAAGAGAAACAAAGAAAGGGGGCUGACGAAGACAGGAGUAUGCUGCAGCGCUUUGUCGAAAAGAACACCACACUGUUCCUGUGGGUGGCUGUGAAUCAUACACCUCUCCACCUCCAUGCCCUUAAGCCCAUUUUCUAAAACAGCUCCUUUAAAUUUUUUUUUUUUUUUUUUUUUUAAACCUCUUACUUUCCAGGGCCAUUCAUUUGCUGAUUGUUCCCCCCCCCCCCUCACCUCAACAUCUACUUUUCACCAGGAGGCAUUACGUAGUGCCUGUACUCCUGAUUCUUAAUAAACGAAGACGCUUUUGAGUCGAACUGAAGGAAGAUAACCUGAAAAAAGUGGAAGUUUGACAAAAACAGUAAAAAAAAUAAUAAACAAAUAAAUAAAUAACAGAACGAAAAAGAAACAAACAAGACCUUUACAUUCGCUGUACAUAAACGCUCUCUGUUCUAAAGCACUUUUUUUUCCCACUCGAUCUGACCUCUCCUCCCCAACAAUGCUUUUGCUGUAGGGAGAAAAUUGUGUAAGUUAUGCAUACAAAAUACAGGUGGAGCUCACCUGGAAAUACCUCAGCCUGUCCAAAUCCUCUGUGUCCCAGUUUGUUUUCUGUCUGAAGGGAGCGGGAUCCCUCCUUCUACUACCAGUACCUUAUGUGUCCAGUGCCUCUCCAGGAUCUAAAAGAGGGCAUGCAUAUGGGACAUGAGCUUGGUUUGUUUUUUUGUUUUUGUAGUUAUUUAUUUUAUUUUAUUUUUUUGCUUCUGUAAUGUAAUGUACAUAAUCCAUCAGAAAGUAUUGAUUACAGAAUUACACUGAAAUGAAGUACACUGGAACUGGAGGAUUUAAAUGUAAUGAAGUGUUUUGAUCAGGUAAAGAUCUCUGCUUUAAUGAUCAGGUCUUUUAAGGCCUCUCAAAGCAUUCCGACUGUGGAUACCAACUCUAUACUUCACUACCUUUCUGUUUGUUUUUCUGUUGUUUUCUUAUGCCAAUUAUUUUCAUGCCAUGCUUCUAAAAGUCAUCUCUUCUGGAGCAAUGGAGGGAGAGUGCUGAAGGGAUGGAGGAAGGAUUGGCUGGUUAGUUUUUUUUUUUUUUUCUCAAAUCUGUUGACUUUUUUCCUCAAAGGCCAUUAAUUCCACUCUGCUGCUAAGGACUUGGACUUUUACGCCACAGACCUGAAACCUCAAGCCUCCUGCACAACCAGAGCACCUCAACCUGGGAAAAAAAAAGACCAACAAAAAACGCAAAAAAAAAAAAAAAAAGAAAGAGAUAGAAAUGGUCCUGAGACAGUCAAUGGAAGAAAGGUUCUUAAUUGGAAUGCUUAGAAAGAGAAAAUACUGCCAUACUAGUUUCUUGCAUUUACAGCUUGUCAGCGACAUGUUCUAAUCAUUGAGGGUUGCGUUCGCUUUGCAGCUUUGUUUUUGUUUAUCUUCAACUUUAAGCGCUUGGUGCUUAUUUCCCGAGAUCGGUAGAGAUCUGCUUCUCUACCAGUGGCACGAAAGCUUUCACAUGCUCACUCACACCUAACUUUUAAAUGCGCACACACUCUCACGUGCGAAGUCUCUGCGGAACUGGCUCUAUCGAGGGAGAGAAGAGAAAAUGCAAGUUCUGUUUUAGUUCGUGAGGUAGGCUCGCGUAGGGGCUGACUGACGGGUGCUGUCACUGUAAUUUGCUCCUCUUUGCACACUGAGGCAGUGCUGCUCCACGGCUGUGGAGCUCGGCGUCAAGCUCGAUGUUAUACUGCUAGCGAGGAGCAAGAGGAAGAUUAUUGCAAUGCAAAAGAUAAUCAAAAGCGUUCCUGGUCCUAAAAAAGAGAGUUGGAUGCGUACAGACUACCAAGACCUGGAAUGAGUCACAAGCACUGAACUGAAUUUCUAUCAUCUAUUCUUUAGUGAGAUUUUUUCUAAAAUAGUGGGAUUUCUAAAAUAACAGUGAUGUAAAAAUAGUCCUUCAUUUAAGCGUGUGUGUAGGAUCUCCAAGUUUUACAUUGUGCUUUCUACCUACAUGUAAUCAUUGCAAAUAUGUCGUUGUAGUAACACGAUAUCCAGCUGGCUCGGACCACUAGAUAUACAGGAGAAAUUCUGCAUGUCUCACGUUCUGUAGGCUAGUCUGGGUGGACCUGCCCGUUUUUAACUCUCUCUCAAUGAUUGGUAGUGAUAAGGAUGAGGAAAUAUGCAAAAUGACCAGUCCUCUCCUCACUGUGCUCUUGUCUUACUGUGGCAGCUUGGUUUUCAGUUAUCGCCAUGUUUAAAGGAUCCAUCCUUCUCGCUCUUUUCGGAGUGAUGCUUUAAUAGGCUCACUUUUGUUCCUCUCGUUUGUUUCCUUUUUUUUUUUUUUCUUUGAAUCCAAAAAGCCUUGUGCUGCAGUUCACCAUUUUGGUUUAAUGUUGAUGUUCCUGUUUAAAACAUUCUCUGUGGUGAUCUAGAUAAGAAGACGACCUGCUCAUGAGUCAUGUUUAAUAAUGUUUGUGGGUUUACUUUUAAUAUUACACUUACAAUUUUCUCUCUCCUUUAUCUGCUCAGUCCUUAUGUGAAAGCACUAGAGACUGCUAUAAAGGCCGGGUACUAAGACCAAGAUCUUGCUCUGCGGUCUUUGUGUCCAUCUAACCCUAUUUUUGCUUGAAAUGAUGGGAUAUGGGGAAUGGAGGGAUGGGUCCUGCUGCUUGUUAAAAAUCACUCAAACACUGCUGAAUUCCGACUAACCCUCACGCGCCACUAAGCUCCACAUCAGUUGCUUGUAAUUUGAGAUUGUGACCGUUCUGUUUGUAAGGCAUUGGACUGCUAACGUUUUUGGAAAGGUUGCGAGAUUUAUUAAGAGAAAUCAAAGGCACGCUCAUUCACUCAUCUGGAAAUUUCGCUCCCACCAGCUGCCUCAUGGACGGCAACUUUAUGGAUACAAACUGUAAAAACAAGGCAAACGACAAUCUUGGGAAAAGGUGGGAUUAGUCCAGUUAGAUUUCCCUUCUCCGUGUGCGGCUAUUGUUUACAGUGCGUAUGGGAGAAUGCGGCGAUUCAGCCAUAAUCUGAGCAUCUCUGACAUCUUGGACGCCUGGCCCUUCUCACUACAUGUGGAGGACUCCUAGUGGCCCACUGUCAACAACACCUUAUGAUUUCUAUUUUUAUUAGAAUUGUCAUGGUUGAAGUUAUUAUUUUUUUUAAAUUCUUUUUUAUAUUACAAAAAAGUGGUCUUUCUACAACUGUUUUGUACAACACCAUCACAAGUGAAGUUUUGUCUAUACAUUCCAAUGAAGGAUGUCAAUACAUGAAGCAGUCAAGUGGACCCAGGUCACAGAGCAUGUACGAAGGACAGCCCACCGAAGUGCUCUAUACUACUUAUACAUAUUUAUAUUUAAAAAUAAAAUCCCAAUCAGAAAAACUAGCAUCUUUCAGACAAAACAACAAGUGUGCACUAUGAUGUACAUGUACAAGGUGAUAUUGGGUUAUCUGGUGCGGCUUCGUUCGCUUGUGACCAAAGUGCAUGUAGUUUGAAAAUAAGUUGCUGACUGCACUGGUGAUGAUAAGGGUUUUUUUUUUCUUUUUUUUCAUGUUGGUACAUUUUCAUAUAAAUAGUAUUACAACCCCAACUGUAUACCUCAUACUACUGUAUUCAUAUUAGCCAACAUGCUUUUAAAACACAUGGGUCAGUUUCAGUUUUUUGUUUUCCUCCCUGAGAUUUCACUUUGCCUUCAAGGAGUUGAGUUUAUUGUGAUUAGCACUUUGUUCGUUCAGCUAUACUGGAUGUCCAUUGUGAGAACAUAUUUAACUCCCAAUCUGCAUAUUUAUGAUGCCAAUGUGCUACAGUAUGUAGCCUCCAGGGCCUACAAGCUUUGUUUUAAUUUCAUAGCUGGAAUUUGGUGUGCGCGCACACGCACAAGAAGGUCUUAUUUGAUCUGUCUACAUGUCAUGUUACCUCUUCAAGGGACAUUGACAUCAUCUUGGCUUGUACAGUGUAAACACACACCCUCACACAUACAGAGUGCGCUUUAGUUCAGACUGUGUACUUUGGUUACAUUAACUGCUGAACUACACACAUUACAGCUGGCCAGUUUGGGCCUGAUGUAAAGCUCGGCAAAAAUGUGAGAAGGAAAUGUUUUUUUGUUUUUUUUUUCCUACUGCAGUGGUGUACAUACAGUCAAAUCAUCUCAUUUUUUCUCUGCAGUCUGUCUAUAAUUUUUUGGUGCUUUACAUUUCUGUUCGCUUUGUUCUGUUCUUUCAGGAGCUUCAAAAUUUAGCUCUGCUUUGGAGAUGUAUCUUUAUACCAAUAGGAAAUGCUCUCUCUCUCUUUCUCUCUCUCUCUCUCUCUCUCUCUCUCUCUCUCUCUCACCUUCAUUUUGGACUCAGUGGAAGUGUGAUGUUUACAUGUACAGAUUUUUGAAAUUCUCACCCCCCUCUUGUUUUUUCAUUGUUUUUGUUUGAAAGCAGAUUUUGUCCUUCCUGCUUUCAUACAAUGCUUAAUCCGAUUUUUCAUUUAUUGAAUGGAAAUGAAAAUGUAUCUGAUAAAGGUUUGUGUUCAUUUCAGCAGCGCUUCUAAACGUGAGUCCUGUUUCUGCUUCGCCUCUGAUCCUGCUUUCAAACUGCUGACAUCAGGAAGACAAACUGAAAGCUCGCCGUAAAACGACCCCUGCGUUCUGACUGCAAGCCAGUACACGCCAGUCCAUUUCUUUGUAAUUAAAAGCCAUUUCCAUGCCCUUCACUGGGCUCACAAGUAUUAAAUUACAAAAACAGACUCUAAACCUCAGGUAAAUGACUACUAUUUAUGUAAUUGUCUUACUGGCAGCCCAUUUCCCUCUUUAAUACCACAUAAAUUAUAUUAAAUAAUUCUUCUUUUUUUUUAAUAUUUAUUAUUCUGUAUAACAGCUGAGAUCUUUUUUCAGUACAUGUGGCUAAAUAUUAAAAUUCUUUUGAAAAGUGACAUAUAUAUGUGAAGCUGAAAGAUGAAAAAAAAAUCAAUUUCUGUUUGUUUAAUAAGAAACAGCAUGGGUGACUCCUAACAUAUCACUUUGAUUAAAGAAAACCAAUGAUUUAAAAUGAUGCUUUCUCCAAGUGGGUUGUCACUACUGAGGUAAAAAAAACAAAAACAAAAAAAAUGUCAUCAAACAUGACAUUGUGACUUUUAUUUGUGUUUUUUUUUUUUUCUCCCAAGCUGUUUGUCUGAAAGCUAAAUAUGCUAAUAAAAUUGUGUGCUAUAUAUCCA